AUGGUGGAUCUUAAAAUGAACAGUAUGCACCCACCACAUAUUUACAAGGGAAUUUUAAAGUCGCAAUUAAUAAGGGUUAGUAGACUUACUACUGAGGAAAAUAGUUUUAUAGAGCAGCUUAAUAAAAUGAAGGAUGAAUUUGUGAAAAGUGGUUAUUUGUUAACAGAUGUAAAUCAAGUAUAUGAUGAGGUUAUACAAGGAAGAAAAAGUAUAUAUAAACCUAUCUGUGGAUUUACAAAUACGGAACAUCAAGAUCAAAUAACAGAAGGUGGUGAAAAUAAAAUAAAAGAUAAUGUUGUAAGAUUUGUUACAAGUUAUAACACCAACACCAUAAAAGUUCGUAAGAUUAUUGAAAAGAACUGGAUAAUACUGAUGGCCCAACGGGAAAUGAGGGACAUCCUGGAUAUUUCGGAACUUGGCCGUAGUGCUAAAUCAUAUUGUGAACACACAGCACGAACACAGCCCACAUUGUCUGAUAUUGUUGUGUCCUUGGUAGAAAUGGGUUUUAAUGUGGAUACUCUUCCAAGUUAUGCAAAACGCUCACAGAGAAUGGUCAUCACAGCUCCUCCGGUGACAAACCCUCCUGUAACUCCAAAGGCUCUCAGUGCUGGACAGAGUAAGCCACAUCCAGCACAUAUCCCAAGUCAUUUCCCAGAAUUCCCUGACCCGCAUUCAUACAUCAGAACUCCAACUUACCCAGAACCAGUUUCUGAUUACCAGAUAUUGAGGGAGAAAGCAGCGUCUCAGAGGCGAGAUGUUGAGAGAGCACUCACCAGAUUUAUGGCCAAAACUGGAGAGACACAGAGUCUCUUCAAAGAUGACAUCACUACAUUUCCUUUGAUAGCUGCCAGACCAUGUGCCAUCCCAUACCUGAAUGCUUUGCUUCCUUCGGAGCUAGAAAUGCAGCAGAUGGAAGAGACUGAUUCCUCUGAGCAAGAUGAUCAAACUGAUGUAGAGAAUAUGUCAUUCUCCUUGAAUGUGGAUGAUGCAAGUGCCGAUAAAGAGAAUUCAGAUCUGCAUCACAGUUCUUCUUUAUCAAGCAGUAAAAAUGGAGAGGAUAAUAUAAUCGAUAAUCCGUAUUUGCGGCCUGUGAAGAAGCCCAAAGUACGCAGAAAGAAAUGAACAUAAAAUGGGAAAAGAUAAUUUAUGGGUUCUUUGCUCUUCAGAGUAUUCACAGAGCUACUGGCAUUCAAGGAGAGAGUCUGGUCAGAGGGGAUUAUUCAGACUGUAAUUUGCUAUGGUGCCACUGUUUUUAUAUUUUACUUGUAUUUUAGUGCCUUCUUGUUUAAAGACAGGUUCCUCUUCAUGGCAAUGCAAAGAGCUCUACCAAGAAUGUAGUCAAGUAUAUUAGCUGAUACAGCUAUGUUGCCAUAAUUCAUUAUAGAGUUCCUUUAUUCUGUUUCGCAGUCACAUUUCUAUUGACCAUUUUUUGUUGCAGUGCAGAUGUGAUAUCUGUUCAUCAUUGUACUGUCCUCAGUACAUUAACAGUGUAGGACAAAAGGUACAAGCUGUGAUCCAUAAUCUAAAAUUUAAAUCUGCAAGAUUUUUGUGUAAUGACUCCCUGUGGGUAUAUAUCAGUUCCCUUGGUAUCUGUAUAUGUUAAAACUGGCAAAAGGAAGUAGUGUUUUGAUGGUGAGCCAGUCUCAAAACUAUUUUAAGUACUCUGACAAGUUAACAGAGAAAAUGUUACUACAAAAAGCUAGAAGACCAUAGUCACUGGAAAGCAAUCAGACAGUACUGUUGCUGUGUAUAUCUCAACACAUAAAUCUGCUGUUAACAUUUAAACGUUUGCAGUGCUGUACAUUUUAUUACCAUUGAAUCAACAGUUAUUUAUCUGUUAACGUCAUAUUGUUCUUUGUAUGAAUUUUAUUUAUUUUUCUCCACUGUCUGUGGGCAUCAGACUUGUCACUCGACUGGCCCAUCCUUUCCCCAUGGGAUUCAGACAACCAUCAAGGCCUAUUGUGGCUUACAUGCACCGUGCAGUGCUGCUCCUUUCAUACCUGCCCAGAUUCCAGGUGCAGCACUAUGAGCUGCUUGGCAAGGACUGCACGCCCUGUCUUUCAUAAGGUCUUCUACCCUGAUCUGUAUACGGCAUUGUUCUUAGCAUGUCUUUGCAGGCCACGCCACUUACUUACCCCAGGAUAAGUGAGUAGUUGCUGGAGGCCUCAGUGCUACCCUUCCCAUGCCAACUGUUUCAACACCUGAGUUGCUGUAAUUAGAACUCAAGUAAUCUGGGGUGAAUUUAUGGCUUUAUUACAUUGGCAUAUUGAUUCUUGACUGCAACAAGCCUUUACUGUUUAAAAAGUUAAAGCAAUUAAGAUAAAAGUAGUACAGUAUUUUAAGUAUGAUUUUUUGCAUUUCAUUUUUUAACCCCUAUCUUUUAGUUUUGUAGACCACCAGUCUUACCAUUCUCUUCACAACCAUUUUUCCAUUCAUAAUUCCAUUUUGCCAUUCACCUUACAUGGGGCAGUCUGUUCUUGGCUGGAGGUGUUGAGAAUGAAUUUGAGAUAAUUAUCACUUGGUGUGUGUCUGUGUGUGUGUGUGUGUGUGUGUGUGUGUGUGUGUGUGUGUGUGUGUGUGUGUGUGUGUGUGUGUGUGUGUGAGCAUUCUGACUUCUGGUUGUCUCAAAAACAGCAUAUGUGCAAUGUACUGGAGUGGUCAGACAUUUGCACACACUAACAUGUUUUGGUCCACGGUAGCCUGCUGAUUCUGCAUUGCUAUGCCCUCUGAUGCAACUUCUGGAACCUCCACACAUGGGCUUCAGUGCAGCAAGGCACUUUCACACUCUUUACCAGGAUGGAAGACCUACUUGUCAACUGCUCUAACUUUCCACUUUUACCAGAAAUAAGAGCUCUUUGUUUUCCUUCAUCACUGCAUAAUCCCUGCAGACUUCCUGCAGGUGUGAUACAACCAUUAUUAUAGCUUGUGCACUAGAACAGCUGGCAGAUUAAAUAAGAUCCAGUUUCACAUUAUAGUGUUACUGUUUCCACUGCUUAAGGUGAUGUAUAUAUAGUUACGUUUUUCACUGCUUUAAUUCUCUACAGUUGUCUUAGUCAUCUGCAUUUUAUUAUUGUUGAAAAGUCAUUACUUUUGAUAGGUGCUUUGGGCUGUAAGACUGCACUCAUUCUGUACCCUGUGUGUGCUAAAACGCAUUAUAUCCUAAGAAAAAAAAGAGUUCUGUAUAUACCUGUUGAAAGUGACUAAGUACACCCUUGCUCUAUGGGUAACAUUUACAAGACAAGCAGAAGCUUAUAACAUAAAUGUGUUUGCUGGAGGGCAGCCCCCCCCCCCCCA